GGCCAAUGAUUGCUAACCGAUUGCUUGUUAGCUCGAAUGGAAAUGUCCGUCACUUCCACAUUGUUUUCAUUAGAUGUGUGAUUGAACGCAUGCUGCUCAUCAGGACGCUUCUGCCUGGCGGAAUUUCAAAAAUAAGUGUUAAAACAUUCCGGCCUGGCCACGUCUGUCUCUGCUGUGCGUGACAAAGAGCAGGCCAGUGCAGACGCGGGUCCCAGUGGAUUUAAAAUGAGGAAUUUAUGCGAGGGACAUUAUGUACCUGAAUAAUUUACCUUCAAAAGAUGGACGGAGACAGCUCAACCACAGACGCCUCUCAGCUGGGCAUCACAGGAGAAUACAUGGCUCCCAGUCAUUAUGUUCUCCAAUCCCAGGAUGAUGAUGGAGAGGAGAACAUGAAUGACCAUGAGGACAGUGGCAUCAAGGAGAACUACAGGGAGCAGGACAUUUACCUCCCUAUUGCCAAUGUGGCUCGCAUUAUGAAGAAUGCUGUUCCACAGACUGGAAAGAUCGCAAAAGACGCCAAAGAGUGUGUGCAGGAGUGCGUGAGCGAGUUCAUCAGCUUCAUCACGUCUGAAGCAAGCGAGCGCUGCCACCAAGAGAAGAGGAAAACCAUCAACGGGGAGGACAUCCUGUUCGCCAUGUCCACGCUGGGCUUCGACAUGUACGUGGAUCCCCUGAAGCUCUACCUGCAGAAGUUCAGAGAGGCAAUGAAGGGGGAGAAAGGGAUGUCAGGGGUGGGCGUAGGGGAAAGCCUGGGUGAGGACCUCACGGACGACGGCUUCACGAAUCAGCUUCCAGCUGGGAUUAUCACAUCAGAUGGUCAGCAGCAGAAUGUUAUGGUAUACACCACCUCAUAUCAACAGAUUCCCACUGUACAGCAGAUCCAGUUUUCAUGACGAGCACGAAAACCAGGCCCAAAUGCUGGGGUUUUGCUCGGGGCACAUGCUCACCUGAUGACCUCUGACCCUUCCACUGGGAAAGGCUAUCAAAUAGAUAGGAAGGGAAGCAUCCAGAGAAGCCCUCGUGUACAGAGAAAUCACUACCUGUUUAGUAGAGUGUGUAGUUUCUAUUUGUGAGGUACCAAAUGUCUGGGAGGACUUCCAAGUUUGCUGGGAAUGCAAGGCUUUAUUUUAGGACUAGUCCUCUUACAUGAUUUAGUGUUGAAUUUUGUUUGUGCUUGUGUAUUAAUGUGUUUGCUUUUAUGCAUUUUUGAUGUAUUUCAGUUCAGGGGAGGGUUAGAGAGGGGUAACUAAGGGAGGGAUUUCUUUUCAGGCUUAUUUUUGAACGCUUGUCGUUACCGCCACAUUAGAUCAAGCAGCUCUUUUGUAAGUGAACACAGUUGACUCAUGUGCUUUAAUGUUAUGGAAACAUUUUGAAUAAAAAUUCAAACGUGA